AUGUCCGACCCUCGAGAAUCUUCCUCUUACUCCAUCGUGCCGAGGAUUCGGUACAACACCGUCGGCGGUGUCAAUGGACCUUUGGUUAUAUUAGACAACGUCAAAUUCCCUCGUUAUAAUGAAAUCGUAACCCUUACGCUUCCCGAUGGAACCGAGAGAUCUGGACAAGUCCUCGAGGCCCGAGGCAAUCGUGCGGUCGUCCAGGUCUUCGAAGGCACGUCAGGUAUCGAUGUCAAGAAAACAAAAGUCGAAUUCACGGGAGAAAGCUUGAAGCUGGGUGUAUCCGAAGAUAUGCUGGGGCGUAUCUUCGAUGGAUCUGGCAGAGCUAUCGACAAAGGUCCAAAGGUGCUGGCCGAGGACUAUCUCGACAUCAACGGCAGCCCUAUCAACCCUUACUCAAGAGUGUACCCCGAAGAAAUGAUCUCGACCGGUAUCUCGACUAUCGACACCAUGAACUCGAUUGCCCGAGGCCAAAAGAUCCCAAUCUUCUCCGCCGCCGGUUUACCUCACAACGAAAUUGCUGCUCAGAUUUGCCGACAAGCUGGCUUGGUCAAGCAAAAGGGCGCCACGAACAAGGGUGUGCAUGAUGACCACGAAGAGAACUUCUCCAUCGUGUUCGCCGCCAUGGGUGUCAACUUGGAAACUGCCCGGUUCUUCACUCGCGACUUUGAAGAGAACGGCAGCUUGGAACGUGUCACACUCUUCCUCAACCUUGCAAAUGACCCUACGAUUGAACGAAUCAUCACUCCUCGUCUUGCUCUUACAACCGCCGAAUACUAUGCUUACCAGCUCGAGAAGCACGUCCUGGUCAUUCUUACGGAUCUCUCCGCAUACUGCGAUGCUCUCCGAGAAGUUUCUGCUGCCCGAGAAGAAGUGCCUGGUCGACGUGGUUUCCCCGGUUACAUGUACACUGAUUUGUCCACCAUCUACGAACGAGCCGGUCGUGUUGAGGGACGGAACGGUUCCAUCACCCAGAUUCCUAUCUUGACUAUGCCAAACGAUGAUAUCACGCAUCCUAUUCCUGAUUUGACGGGUUACAUUACCGAGGGCCAGAUCUUCGUCGAUCGUCAGCUUUACAACCGUGGUAUCUACCCGCCCAUCAACGUGCUGCCUUCUCUCUCUCGUCUCAUGAAGUCUGCUAUUGGUGAGGGAAUGACCCGAAAGGACCACGGUGAUGUGUCCAACCAGCUUUACGCCAAAUACGCCAUUGGUCGUGAUGCGGCGGCUAUGAAGGCUGUCGUUGGUGAGGAAGCCUUGUCGGCUGAAGAUAAGUUAUCCCUUGAAUUCUUGGAGAAAUUCGAGCGGCAAUUCGUCGCUCAGGGCGCAUACGAACAAAGAAGUAUCUUCGACUCUCUAGAUAUCGCAUGGAGUCUCCUACGUAUCUUCCCUAAGGAGCUACUCAACCGUAUUCCUGCCAAGAUUAUCCAGGAAUACUACCAACGAUCGGCUGCGGACCGAAAGGGUAAGGGCAAGGAGAAGAAUGAUAAGGGUGUUAAGGACACCGAUGGUGCUCAAGAGGAGAACCUUGUCGACGUAUAA